AUGUACUUCAGGUGGGCUGCAGGAAGCCAGCAGCCUAGACAUCUGGAGGCUGGAACCGGCCUUAAACUUCUGCAGGCUGCCAGCGGGGAACGCCACUCGCUGCUACUGUUCAGCGACCACAGGGUGUAUUCCUGCGGGGACAACAGCUGGGGCCAGCUGGGCCAGAGGAGACAGCAGAGAACCAAACGGCCAGAACUGAUUCAGGCACUGAAUACUCUGCCAAUUGAUCUGGUGAGCUGUGGGAAGGAGCACUCGGUAGCUGUCUGCCACAAAGGAAAGGUCUUCGCAUGGGGAGCUGGAUCUGAAGGGCAGCUGGGGACUGGAGAAUUUAAGGAAAUAAGUUUUAUGCCUACGAAAAUAAACGCUCUGAAUGACAUAAAAAUAAUCCAAGUUUCCUGUGGACAUUACCACUCUUUGGCAUUAUCAGAAGAUGGCCAUGUGUUUUCAUGGGGAAGUAACAGUCAAGGACAACUGGGCCUGGGGAAGAAUUUCUGUUCCCAAGCUAUCCCACAGAAGGUGAAAUCUCUAGAGGGAAUCCCACUGGCUCAGGUGGCUGCAGGUGGCACACACAGUUUUGCUCUGUCUCUCACGGGGACUUCAUUUGGCUGGGGGAGCAACAGAUCUGGGCAGCUGGCUCUCAGUGGGAACACAAUUAAAGAACAAAUCUACAAGCCUCAUUCAAUUGGUGCUCUGAAGAAUCUGAGUGUGGUUUAUAUUAGCUGUGGUUAUGAGCACACUGCAGUGCUUACUGAGGAUGGACAAGUGUUUACAUUUGGAGGCAAUAGCUCUGGAAAGCUACAGCACAGGAGUGGGAGAAGCAGCCCACAACUCAUAAAAGGGAUUGACGGCUGUGUUUCACAGAUAGAGUGUGGAAGUUAUCACACCAUUGCAUAUAUCUGCACCACUGGUCAGGUGGUAUCUUUAGGCCGUGGAUCAAGUCACUCAAACAACCCAACUCAUCAGGAGGCCCCAGCAGAGAACUCUGACAUUACCUGCCUGCUGUCUGCAGAGGACCUUGUGGAUAUUGAAGUCAAAGACAUUUUUGCUGGCGCACAUGCCAACUUUGUGACAACUCGGCAGGUAUCAAAUACUAGGUCCAUAAGUGUUUCCAGGAAAAUCCUGCCAGAAAUGAUCCGAAUCAACCAGUCUCUGGUAAAGAAAUGGAGAACAGCAGACAAGGGAAAAGAGCGAAAAGAUGCCAAAAGAGAAAUCAGCUUGAUAUUUUCAUCUUCUGCUUGUUUGAUGGCAAGCUUUCUGAAGAAAAGAGAUACUGGAGAGAAUAAUUUCAUUGAUGUGGACUUAAAACUGGCAAGGGAUGUCUUCAAGAAUUUAACAGCAGAGAAAUGGAUUUCUUCCUUGAUAACCACAUGUCUUGAAGCGAAUCUGCUCGGAGGUCUUCCAUACAGUUCUCCACAUCAAGAAGCUCUAUUGAUUUUUCUUUUGCUCCCAGAAUGUUCCAUUAUGCAGGAUCCAAAGAACUGGAAGACCCUGGCAUUUGAAUUUGCAAAAGCUAUUCAUAAAAUGAAUCCACAGUUAUUAUCAUGCCUGAGAAAGCGAUGGGCAUCUCUGGAAGUUUCUUCUCUGAACAUACUGGUCCAGAUGCUAAAGAAAACCAUCGUCUCUCAACUGUGUGAUGGAGUUCCAACGAUGCAGCAUGUGUCUAAUAUUAAAGUUCUUUUAGAAGUGAUAAAAAAGGUGCAUAAGGCUAACUGUCAACUUCCAGAAACUGCUUUCAUCAUAAACGAGCUUUCUGACAUCUUUAACUUCAAUACAGGAGAAAUAAAAAUACUGAAUAACAAUCUGUUGUCUACACAACCCUUUGAUAUCUUUAUUUUCCGUGAUUUUCUGUUUAUCUUUGAUUUGCCAUCCAAAAUUAAAUUUAUGCAACAUGACUCAUCUGUAAAACUGUGGUCUGAAGCCAUGGCAUCUCCAGAAAUGAUGGGUUUCCAAUUCUUUACACUGAAAGUCAGACGAAGUCAUCUGGUGGAAGACACCUUGCGUCAAUUAAGAAUAGCUGAAGACUCUGACCUUAGGAAACCACUAACGGUUGAAUUUAUUAAAGAAAUUCGUCCUGAGGGUGGGGGAGUGAGUUCUGAGUUCUUCCACUGUAUAUUUGAAGAGAUGACAGAUGCCAAAUAUGAAAUGUUCAUGUAUCCUGAAGAUGGUUCCAGCAUGUGGUUUCCAGUCAAUCCCAAGUUUGAGAAGAGAAACUAUUUCCUAUUUGGGAUCUUAUGUGGACUCGCCUUACAUAAUUUAAAGGUUAUCAACCUUCCUUUCCCACUGGCUUUAUAUAAAAAACUUUUGAACCAAAAGCCAUCCUUGGAAGACUUAAAAGAACUUAGUCUUCCUUUGGGGAAGAAUUUGCAAGAAGUUCUAAAUUGUGAGGCUGGUGAUAUUGAAGAACUUCAGAUGUAUUUUUCUAUAUACUGGGAUCAAAAAGAUGUUGAUUUAAUUCCAAAUGGGAUCUCUGUGCCUGUGAACGAAGCCAACAAGAGAGACUAUGUGUCUAAGUAUGUUGAUUACAUUUUUAACAUCUCUAUAAGGACAAUUUAUGAAGAAUUUCAUAGAGGAUUUUACAAAGUGUGUAACUGGGAUAUAAUUAGGCAUUUCCAGCCUGAAGAACUAAUGUCAGCAAUAAUUGGAAAUGCUAAUUGUGACUGGAAACAAUUUGAAAAUAAUUCAAAGUAUCAAAAUGGAUAUGACAAAUCACACCGAACUAUCCUGCUGUUUUGGAAGGCUUUCCAUGAAUUAACUCUGGAUGAAAAGAGAAAAUUUCUCUUGUUUCUCACAGGAUGUGAUAAGCUACAUGUUAAAGGCCUACAGAAUGAAGGGAUAGUAUUUCGGUGUCCUGAAGGCUUCAGUGAAAAAGAUAACCCAAGAUCAUUGACAUGUCACCGUAUUCUAGACCUGCCUAAAUAUUCCUCAAUGAGAAGGAUGAAGGAAGCACUUCAGGUUGCAAUCAACAAUAACAAGAGAUUUGUCUCAUGAGUGAAGCAGCAACAUUCACCUCCCUAGCAGUCGCAGGCUCAGGAAUGAGGUUUUUCACUUUGGGGUUCUUCUGUCUUUCCUUAAUCUAAGUAGGGACAGGAGGUUAAAAGAUUUUUACUUUAGAGAUAAAUAAGUUAUAAGUUAAUAUUUUUAGUGAAAAAAUUCUGUAAAACAUUAGCUGUAUUCCUUUUUUAUUAGCUGCAUUCCUAACCUUGCUAUUUUAGAAUGUUUGUUUUCACUGAAAUAUUUUCUGAACAAUAAUGUUCAUUUAAUAAUAUACUAAGUAUUUAAAAUGUUCAAUAUUGGUGGCUAAGGAAAGAGCUCAGUGGUUAAGAUCACUGGCUGCUCUUCCAGAGGACCAAGGCUCAAUUCCCAGCACCAACAUGGCUGCUCACAUCCUGUCUGUAACUUAAGUUCUGGAGGAUCCAACACCCUCCUCUAGUUUCCAAGACACUUCAUGGAUAUGGUACACAGACAUGCAUGCUAA